AUGGCCAAUGAACCAACAUCGAUGCGAGCGGCCGUCGGUUCGUCCCGUCGGCCGUCCGUUCAUCCGUCGGCCGUCCAUUCGCCCCGUCGACGGGCUGCCGCGCGGCACGCCGCCAUGGCGGCUCGAUCCUUCUCCGCAGCAGUCCUCGCGUCGUCGCCGCUGCCGCCGCGCGCCGCCGUCACACGGCAAGGCGCGGAGAUAGGCCGGCUGGUUGAGGUGCAGGCACUAGGCACGCGCGCUGCUGCUGCACCGAGUGCUGCGCGCACAGAGUGUUGCGCUUCUAACGGGGCUGCUAGCAGCGCAAUUGGUGGGGCUUCUCCUAGGGCUAUUGGUAGCACUGCUGCGGGCCCGCGGCGAGCAACGAACCGGACAGAUGGGGCGAGGGAUGCAAGACCCGAUGUUUCGCGGAAGAAGCGGCGCGGCUUGCGGAGAGUGGCGCACCUCUCCGCUGGCGACGGCGCGCAGCCGAGCGCCGAGUCCACGCGGACAGUGAGAGCGAAAGUUCUUAUAGUGGGGCCGCUGCACUCCGCGCGCGGGGAUGAAGGGGGUGGGGAGAAUGCGGUGAGGUUUGCGGGGGAAUGCAAUUGUGCGGAAGGUGGCGCGCAGAACGAGGGGCUUGGGGCGCGUGGGGACGGACUCGCGGAGCAGGGGGACGUGUGGGCGGCGGCGGACGAGGCGGAGUUGAUUGCGCGGGCUGUGGGCGGGGCGGUGGCGCAUAGCACGGGGGCGCAUAUUGCCGGGGUGGUGUGCGCUGGCACGGGGGACGCGGAGGGCGCGGAGGAAGCGUGGGUGAGGCUGGGGGCGGAGGGGAACGCGGGGUUGAGUCUGGCGGAAGAAGCGGAGGCCGCGAGGGAAGGGGGGGAAUCUGAGGUGGCGCGGGGGAGGCUGGAGCUCGAGCGUGCGCAGCUGGAGCUGGCGAUGCGGGAGUCGCGCUUGGAGGCGGAGAGGAGAGAGGCGGAGGGCGGAGAGGCGGAGGAAGAGGCGAUAGUGGGGGAGGGGGAGGCGGAGGGCGGGGAGGGAGAGGCGGUUGAGGUCGAGGCGGUAUCGGGGGUGACCACGAGGUGGGGCGAGAGCGGGGAGGAGUGGGGGGGCGCACGAGAUGGGGAGGGCAGCAUUUGCGCGGAUGACACGGUUGAGCUGCUGGUUGCGCGGAAGGGCGCAGCAGGCGCGGCGGAGCACGCGGGGCGGGGGGUGCGCGCGGAUGCAGGUGGGGGCGCGGAGUCGAGUGACGACGAGGCAGUGGCGGUGGAAGGCAGACCGCCCGCUUACCCCGCCGCCCUCAACUCGCUGUACCUAUCAUUCAUGUUCAACUGCUUUGUGGAGCACGCGUGGCGCUUCACGGGCGCGGCUCUGCUCGCUCUGCUGCACGACUCGCUGCUUCCCGUCGCCGUCGCCAGCUUCGCCAGCCAGCUGGUGGUGUUCGUGGGGGCGCCACUGGUGGGCGACAUGAUGGACUCCGCGCCACGGGUCGCUGCUUUCAACACCAUCUCGUGCAUCCAGUGCAUUUAUGUGAUUUCAUCUUUACUCUCUUCACCUCUUCUCUCAUCUUCCCCUCCCUUCAUCGUGACCCAUGAUCUUACCUUGUCGCCCUUCUCACCCCUGCACCCCAUCCUUGCUCUCACCCCACCCCCACCCGCGCGGCAGCUGGCAGGGCAGGACAACGCGGCAGCGCUGGCCAACGCCAACGCCAUGCUGCGCCGGGCUGACCUCUUCUGUGACGUGGCAGGGCCGCUGGUGUUUGGGUGGCUGCUGUCGGCGUUCAGCCCUGUGGUGUGCAUCAACGCAUCCCUCGCCACCAUGCUGCUCUCCCUCCCCAUCCUCAUCUGCCUCGUGCUGCUCACCGACCGCCAGUCCAACGGCGUUCUCAGCCGCCCCAAGCCGCCCACCACGCUGCAAGUCUCACUGGUAGCUCCCUCUACGCAUUCUAGCAGCAGCAGCAGCAGCAGCAGGAGCAGCAGGGAGAUGGAAAGAAUACACACAUCCACCCGCUCACCCGCCCCUGCUGCCAGCAUUCCGCCGCCCACGCUGCUCCUCACGGCAGCAGCCAGGGCCGUAGCAGCCGCACUCACUGGGAGCUUCCGGGCAGCUGGGUCAGUUCUGGGGAUGUCAUUCCGGUCAGUGGUGCGCGGGUGGAAAAGUUUCCUGGGGCAGCCGGUGCUGCCCGUGAGUGUGGCGUACGUGUUGCUCUUCUUCAACUGCGUGCUCUCGCCCGGCGGACUCAUCACCAGCUUCCUCACGCAGCAAGGCGUGGACGUGUCAGUGAUAGGCGCGUUCAGAGGCGCGUGUGCCGCCAUGGGAUUCGCCGCCACCUUCCUCUCGCCCUUCAUCAUCACCCGCCUCGGCCUGCUGCAGGCGGGCGGAGCAGCGCUGCUGUUCCAGUCGGUGGUGCUGGCGGCAUCCCUGGCAGUGUUCGCCGUCUCCCACUCCAUGCGCCACCACCACUCGCUGCUCCUCGCCUUCCUCGCCCUCGUCGUGGUAUCCCGGCUGGGCCACUGGACGUACGACGUGGUGGACGCGCAGAUAUUCCAGGUGGCCAUCCCGCCCGCGCAGGCCAACAUAGUGGGCACCACUGAAGUCGCCCUGGCCAGCCUGGCGGAGCUCAUCAUGCUGGCCCUCGCCAUCGCCGCCCACGACGUGCGCCACUUCGGCCUCCUCGCUGCACUCUCUGCCGCUGCUGUGUUUGCCGCGGCUGCCAUCUACUGCGCGUGGGAGCGGUCGGGGAACCACCACCGUCGGAGCCUCUUUCCGCCCGAGCCACGGCUCAGGUGGUGGCCGUGGGGGCGGCGCAAGAGGAGAGGCGGCAGGGCGGGUGGUGGGAAAGGUGCAGGGGCAGGAGCGCCUGCUGCGCCAGCUGCUUGA